AUGAAACCUGUGUUACACAGUAUUGACAAGAUGUUUAUUAAAGGCUUUAUUCAAGUUUAUAAAGAUUUUAUUAAAUGGGAAAGUAAAGACAUGAGUUGUUCAAAAGCACGCAGCAUUAAAAAUGAAGAUACAACGAAACAAGGAGACAUGAAAGAGGAAAGUAAAGAACUGAAUGAAGUGGAGAGAAAUUAUUAUCGGGAUCCACAUUUCACAACUAGAGAUUUUUCUUUUAGCUGCUCACAGAUGGAAAAUUAUUCCUCACAAAAUACAACAGGAGCCAUACAUUAUUUCACCUGCCCUCAGUGUGAAAAGAGUUUCAAGAAUAAAGUAAACCUUAGAAUGCACAUUAGAACUCACACUGGAGAUAAGUCUUUUACAUGCUCUCAAUGUGGAAAGAGUUUCUGCAGUAAAGGAAACCUUGGUAACCACAUGAUAAUUCACACUGGAGAGAAGCCUUUCACCUGCUCUCACUGUGGGAAGAGCUUCAAUACUAAAGGCAACCAUGAUGUUCACAUGAAAAUUCACACUGGAGAGAAACGUUUUACAUGCAUGGAGUGUGGGAAGAGUUUCCCAUAUCAAGCACACCUUAAAAGGCACAUGAGAACUCACACUGGGGAGAAGCCUUUCACCUGUCCUCAGUGUGGAAAAAGUUUUACAGAGAAAACCACAUUUACGAGUCACAUGCGAAUUCACACUGGAGAGAGGCCUUUUAGAUGCAGUCGAUGUUGGAUGAGUUUUAGACGUAAACAUGGACUUACCAUACACAUGAGAACUCACACUGGAGAGAAGCCUUAUGUAUGCAAUCAGUGUGAAAAGAGUUUCAUAACUAAAUAUCAACUUGAUACUCACAUGAGAGUUCAUACUGGAGAGAAGCCAUUUACAUGCAUCCAGUGUGGAAAGAGUUUCAAAACUAAAUGGCAUCUCUGUAUUCACAUUAGAAUUCACACUGGAGAGAAGCCUUACACAUGCCUCCAGUGUGGGAACAGUUUUGCACGUAAAAACAGCUUUAAGACUCACAUGAGAUUUCACACUGGAGAAAACCUUUUCACGUGUCAUCAGUGUGGUACACAUUUUACUUCUGCAACAGCCUUAAAAAUGCACCUGAAAACUCAUGAAAAUGAGAGGCCGUACUUGAGUUCUCCAGCAGGAAAGCGUUUUAAAAAGCAGCAGAAAAAAGAUACUGCUGUGAGAGCUCAUGUUUGUUUUGAUUGUGGAAAGGCCUUUUCUAGAAAAACUAAUUUGGAACGGCACCAAAAAAUUCAUACCAGUUAAAGAAGUGCAAGUGCGUAAUGUGUGGAAAGAGUUUCACUUGUUCCGGAAUCCUGAAAGUACAUGAGAGUGGAUACUGGAGCGAGGCCAUGCACUUCAUUUGUUCAUGUUCAGAGUUUCAACCAAUCCUAUACUCUAAAGAUUCACAGAAAGGAUUAUUAUUGUUAUAGUUUUCAUUGAUAUGAAAUUCAAAAAAAAAAUUAAGAUGACAUUUGCUUCAUUGCUAUACCUGUAUUGAUCAAUGAGCUAUAAUUCAAGUGGCAUGAGAAAAAUGUGAAAAUGUCAAAUCUCAUCUAAUCUGAUUUAAUUAAAAAAAAAAAUUCUGCAGAUUCUGCCUGUCUUUCAUUUGGUGUAGUGUUCAAACAACAAGGUGUUGAAUGUUAGGGUAUUUAUGUUGCUUUGAAAAGCAUUUAAUUUUUAUAGGAAUUCUUUUACAGUUGGGAGUAUCAAUACAAAGUGAUGUACACCAAUUAUUGUUUAUUUUUAUCCAUUAUUCUCAUAAGUUUAUUCUCAUCUAUGUCCUUUCUGUUCAGUGUCCAUCAUACUGUUUCAUGGUGCACAUAGUCUAUGGUCUAUUCUGUCUAACAAUAUCAUGUAUUCCCAAGUGCAUCCAUUUGAACUCCUUGUUUAAUAAAAGCAUUAUUCCGUACAAUAGAGGUAAAUAAACAUUUUAGCACAAAAGAUUGAACAUCAUAAAGUCAUGCUCACUAUGUUACAGAGAAGAUGAUGAUGAAUGCAAGAAAAAGUGGGGGUGGGGAAGAAACACAAUAUAGUUUGAUUAUUGGUAAUUAUGGCUCUGGAAAGACAAUUAACCAUUAAGACAUUUUUGUUGAUUAAUUACUCAAUGCAUUUAUCAAAUUAUUUUUCAUGGGACUUCUGCAAGGUGAGUAUUCAAUUGCGGUGGAAGAUGAUUUUUUCAAGGAUAUGUUAUUGCUUUGAAAUGGCAUUUUUUUGUAUGCUUUUCUUUUAUGGAUGGGACAUGGGAAUAGCAAUAAGUGUUGUUGUUUUGUCUGAGCAAAAGCACCAUGAUACUGUUUUACAGUGCUCACAUGUUAUAGUGUGAUGAUGUAUAAUAAAUACAUCAUAAAUUGCAGAAUAGAUCUUAAUUCCUGUGGACUACAAUCUUGAAUCCUGCUGUGUACAUUUGGUGUAUAGAUGUAACAAUGUUAAAGAUGUGCUGUCCUAAUUUGGAAGCACAUUUAUCAACUGUAAGCCUUUCUACUCACUGCAGGAGUUCUCCUUGUUUAUUCUGAUGAGUGUUUACAUCCAGCCACAAGCAUGCAUGGACGCAGCGCUGCAACAGCUGACUGAUCAGACACGGAGCCACAACACUCAGACUCGUUAUUAUUCUCAGUGAUUUUAACAAAGCCAGCCUCACCCAUGAACUGCCAAAAUAUAGACAGCACAUUACAUGCCCCACCAGGGACAGAAAUAUACAGGAUCAUAUGGAAUAUUUUAAUUUAAAUGGAUUUAGUUCAUCCAUUUUUGAUAAUUGAAAUAAUAUGUAUGCAAUGACAAUGUGCAAUCAAUGUAUCAAGAAUAACUGCAUUAUGAAUGUUAUAGGUUAGAUAUUUAAUCAUUCAUUUAUUGAUUUCAUUAUCAUAUACUCAAUUUAAUAAUCAAAGUUCAAAUCAAUGGAAAAAUGCAGCUUGGCUUCUCUAGGGAGAAUGACAUCCUCUUUCUGUGAAACUCUAUAUGACUAAAGGUGAUGUGUGUGAGGAUAAUAAAAGGAUAAUUUAUGUCAGAGACCAGAACUGCCUGGUGUCCAAAAAAGGCAGAUGAUAUUUGUGCAUUAAUUAGUGCUAGAAAUUAAAUGAAACAUGUAUGUGGGUGGACAUACGACUUUCCGAUUUAUAAGAAUGCGUGUAACCAAUGACUGUAAUAAGGGAAAUAAUUUAAUAUACUAAUCAAAUUAAUGCAGAAAGUAAUGAUAAUUAGUCAAUAUAAAAUAAUGUAAGUGAUUUCUGUGUGUUUUAUGCAUAUAAAAUGAAAUAGUCAUGCUUUUGCCAUCACUGAAGUAAGUUGGGGUCAAGGGUGACCAGCUAGAAGGGAGAUGGCAAAGAUGAAUCUAGGGAGGUAUAAGAUGACUUCAUUGGAUGAAGAGGACAUCACUCAAAGAGAUAAGGGUGAACAGAAACUGUAUAAAAAAUGCAUGAUUCUGAAGUGUAAUUUUAGAUGCU